AUGGAUGAACAAGUAGGCAGCAUGCCCAGCGAGUCGCGCUCUGCCGAAAUCCAAGCUAUACUCUUCACCUUUUCAAUUAUCUCAGUUGUGUCGGUCGCUUUACGAAGUUAUGUACGAGCCAGAAUAUUACGAUCAUUCAGUUAUGACGAUGCGUGUGCGGCGUUGGCGCUUGUGCUCGCUUUGGGGGCUGCUGUAGCUAUUGCUUAUGAAAAUAAAUAUGGAUUGGGUUAUCACACGGAUGAACAGCCUAAGAGUGCGCGUGUGCCGUAUACCAAGGCCUUUUACGCAUCGGUCGUCAUCUACAACAUAGCAAUGUGCAUCAUCAAAAUCGGCAUCCUCUUACAAUACCGACGCGUCUUCGCCGUACGAAUGAUACAGAUCAUCACCUUCUACGGAACAAUCUUAAUGAUCUGCUGGACAAUCAUCAUCGCUUUUAUUAACAUCUUUAUCUGUGUCCCCGUCUCCAAAUUCUGGACUCCCGAUCUACCCGGCCGAUGUCUCGAUUCUUUGGCGAUAUGGUACAUGAUGGCUGGGUUUAACCUAGUUACUGAUCUUGUGGUCUUUUGUAUGCCGCUUCCGGUGAUCAAGAGUCUCAAUUUGCCUCGAAAACAAAAGAUCAUGCUUUUUGCGAUCUUCAGUCUUGGUUUCUUCGCUUGUGUCGUCUCGAUAUACCGAAUACAUACACUCAAGAUGGCCGCAGAAACGAAAGACCCUAAUUGGGAUAACGUCGAUGCCGCCAUUUGGUCGUUCCUCGAAGUAACAAUCGCCAUCAUCACAGCGUGUCUACCCACUCUCAAACCGUUGUUCUCCAAACUCAUGCCCAAGAUCUUCGCAGCUUCAUACGGUCGAAGCAACGCUCAAAGCUAUGGUGAAUCACCCAAGAGCUUAGCACUGAGAAGUCGCUCAACGAAAAAGACUGGAGGUCGCAACACACACGUCACUGAUGAUACCACCACACUCAAAGGGGACGGAGCCCCAAUAAGCACACACCGAUCCGGGAUUAGUGUGAGUAUAAGGGCUGAGUGUGAUGGGUCGGGUGAUGAGGAGACUCUUGUUGGUGGUGAGGGGGGAGGUAUAACUGCUAAGACUGUUAUCACACAAGAGAGGGAAUCUUGGAAUGAUGGUGGUCCAAGCCAGAGUAGGACAUCAUUCUAG